GGCACGCUGCGCGGGAUCACCACGCACAAUUUACGCACACAAACACGCGCGCGUACACACGGUAGAAUCACUCACGGUCAUUUUUUUUUUUCUACUUUUAAAUCCGUGAGAAAUAACCGAGUGGAGAAGAAUCAGGAGAAGAUGUGUGAGCAGCCAGGAGGCUUUGAGGAAACGACAAAGCGAGUCAUCAUGUGAGAGAACUUAUGUGGGAAACGGACGCACGGGCUGGAAUACGAGCAGAAUAGAAAGUCAAAGGUCUAAACCCGGUGAUGAGACUGAGGAGAUGAGCAAAACGCUGAGGCCAGUUUGGGUUCGACUGAGGUGAAUACAUGCAAGAAUAAAUCGAUCUCCAACCACACUCUCUAGGGCGUGAGCGGUAUGUCCGUGGAUGAGAAGCCUGAAGCCCCCAUGUAUGUGUAUGAGUCGACGGUUCAUUGUACCAAUAUCCUCCUCUGCCUGAACGACCAGCGGAAGCAGGAUAUCCUCUGCGAUGUGACCAUCCUGGUGGAGGGCAAGGAGUUCCGCGGGCACCGGGCCGUGCUGGCCGCCUGCAGCGAGUACUUCCUGCAGGCGCUGGUGGGUCAGGCGGAGAAUGGCCUGGUUGUCAGCCUUCCGGAGGAGGUCACUGCCAGGGGAUUCGCUCCAUUGUUGCAGUUUGCCUACACUGCUAAGCUGUUACUCAGCAGAGAAAACAUCCAGGAGGUCAUCCGCUGUGCCGAAUUCCUGCGCAUGCACAACCUCGAGGACUCAUGCUUUCGCUUCCUGGAGGCUCAGCUGCGCAGCGAGGAGGACGGCCUGCUGCUCUGCCACAAGGUGGCGCCGGAGGGGAACAACUCAGAGGAUGAGAGCAUGCAGUCAGAGGAAAGAGCCGCCUCUCCCAGGGCGCGGCGGUGCGCUGAUGCCCUCUCCUCCUUCAGACACCCUGAUGACGAUCGGCUUGCGAUGUCCAUGCCCAGUCAGCUGAUGGACGGCCGGCUGGACUUUGAUCGACACGGAGCGUCAGAUCUGCCACGAUGCCCUAAGUACAGGAAAUACCAGUGGGCUUGUAACAAGCACAAUAAUGACACCUCCUCACACACCAGUACCUCAGGUUUUCCAAGCACAUUAAAGGAGAGCGGCGUCAGCGGCACCGUGCCGGGUCAGGCCAGGCUGCCUCUGGCACAGAUCAAAGUUGAACCACAGGCCGACGAAGAGGCAAUCUCAUUGUGCCUGUCAGGAGACGAGCAGGACGCCAGGGAUAAGGACAGCGUGACAGCCAUGGAGAUGGAUCACCCCAUAUCUGUGGAGAGAAACAAAAGAACCAAGUCCCCAUCCUGCCUCCGAGCCUUCUUCAAGAAAGGGGUGGACCUCGCCAGUCUGCCCAACACUUCACAGCAGCUAUUCGCCAACAGACUCGUCUGCCCCCAGGACAAAGGAAACUCUCAGGGAGAUCAUAAAAAAGACUUCAGGCCUUUCUCUGGGGAGCUCAGUCUGUCUGUUACAUCCCAAAAGGAUGUGGACGGUUUCCCUGUAGGGUUGUCCCUCAAGUCCGCUUCCUGUGAUGGGGUCUGCAAACAGGAAGUCGAAAUAGACCGCCGUAGUGUCAUAUUUUCCUCAGGGGCCUGCAACCGUCUGGGAACCCCAGCGCAUUCCUACCCCGGUGGGAACUCUUUGGAGAUGGAUCUCACUGAGCACAUGCCAAAGGGCGUGUGGGCUGGAGCCAGCCAGUCCCUCCCCACCUCCCAAACCUACUCUCCCAGCACCACCUCCACUGAGCCCCCGAUUCUGUGCCGCCCACGACCCAACACCAGCUGCCCAGUGCCAAUCAAAGUGUGCCCUCGCUCGCCGCCCUGUGAGACCCGCACCCGGACUUCCAGCUCCUGCUCCUCGUACUCGUAUGCGGAGGACGGCAGCGGCGGCUCCCCCUGCAGCCUGCCCCAGUUUGAGUUCUCCUCCUCGCCAUGCUCCAACGUGGCUCGAUGCCUCAAUGUGGACCAGCAGGAGCAGAGCGUGGGAGGAGACGCCCUCUUUAACCAGGUGCGACCCAAGAUCAAAUGUGAGCAGUCAUACGGCACCAACUCCAGCGAUGAGUCAGGCUCCUUCUCAGAGGGAGACAGCGAGUCAUGCCACGUCCAGGAGCAAGGCCGAGAGGUUAAGCUGCCUUUCCCUGUAGAUCAAAUCACGAAUCUUCCACGGAACGACUUCCAAAUGUUGGUGAAAAUGCACAAACUGACCUCGGAGCAGCUUGAGUUUAUCCAUGAUGUGAGGAGACGGAGUAAGAACCGAAUCGCAGCGCAGCGCUGCCGCAAGAGGAAGCUGGACUGCAUCCUGAACCUGGAGUGUGAGAUCAGGAAACUGGUGUGUGAGAAGGAGAAGCUGCUGACGGAGAGGAACCAGCUGAAGGCGUGCAUGGGCGAGCUGUGGGAGAACUUCUCCUGCCUGUCUCAGGAGGUGUGCAGGGACGUGCAGCUGAGCCCCGAGCAGGUCCAGUCUCUACACCACUACUGUCCCGUGCUGCGGCCCGCCAACUCCACUGCCAGCAACAACAACAGCGCCGCCCACCAGCCCAAACCCGGCCCCCACGGCCUAACCACCAACACCAACAACACCACCAGCAUCGACCUCACCACCCACUCAGGCUCAGCCACGCCGGAGCCCAGCUUCCAAGGGUCGCCUGGCCCCUCGGAGAGCGAGCCCGACUCGGCCGUCAGGAACGGGGCGGACAGAGAAAUAGACGGCCAGGACGUCAACUUGUACGCAAAGUCGGAGCUGUCCGUGGAAAAGUCCAACCAGGCGGUGACGGUGGAUUUUUGCCAGGAAAUGACUGAAAAAUGUACAACUGACGAGCAGCCGCGGAAGGACUGCACUAAGUAGUUCUCUGUGUUUGUUUUGGAUGUUUUUUAUUAUUUAAUUUUACUCUUCUGACAAACCCUCGCUCUGGGUUGUUGAGACAGUCAGCCUCUGCCAGUGUUCACUGAAAAAAAAAAACAAGCUUUGUUUGUAUUUAUGUCUUUUUGUGCUGUUUUUUUUUUUUUUUCUUUUUUGAACGGUUGACACUAAAGUUGUCUUAACAGCAGCAAUACUGUUCUCCAGGUAUUCUCCUCUUACCGUGACAGAGUGGGAACUUCUCACCAAACCCUUACAAUGGUGCUAAACUCGCCCCGGCAGCAGCGGAGACGCCGUUCUCCACACAUCACAACUCAAAGUCAAACCUCAUCGGACCUAAACAGCAGCAGCUCUCUGUCUCUCUGUUCCUGCCUUCUUCUCUUUCACAUUUGCUCUACUUUUUUUCCCACUCUGUCUCUGUCAAUCUUUACUCUACCUCUCUCUGUCUCUUCCCGCGCUCUGUCUGUGGUUCUUCUCUCACUCUAUAUAUCUCAGUGGCCCUUUUCGUCACAGCAAUUCAAACUCAGGAAAGAAAAAAAUCCUCUGAAUGUUCAACCUAAUUCAUGAUAAAUGAGAAUACAGCUUCUGUACGCGAGGGAUGCAGUUAGACUGUAAAAUGUUCAUAUGCAAAAAUGUCUUCAAGCGUCUCGCAUUUGUAUUUGUGUACAGGAGAACUUCUUUGUAACUAAAAACAUUCCUCCUUUGCCUUCCUCAGCACUGAAUUGAAAGGUAAAAAAAAGUUUUAGCAGGCGGUUAAAUGGCUAUUUUUAUUUCCCACUCAUCAGCAAUACCAUUGUAUUUGGAUGUUGUGAUGGUGACUUUCAAGUGCUUGUUUGGCAGAAAUGUACAUAGUAUGGAGCAUGAUGACUGUAACAGUGAUUUUGUACAGGUAGAGGCUUAGAUGUUUCUUUUUCACCGGGGUUAUAUCAAGCACCUUUUUCUAAGGGAAAAAUCUUUGCUUUGCUGUUUCCUGUCCUGCCUAUCGAAUGCUCCCCAUCAUGGCGGGUGUUCUUAAACUCAGGAAAUCAGCUCGAACACACGUAGACACACACGACAAUACAUACAAACACAUGCGUCAACACGCCGAAUUUUGAGCCCCAUGCAUGUAUAAAAGUUAGACAUUCAAGACGUGUUUUUGAACGCGCGGCUCAGGCCAGCUCCUCUUUCCCCCCCUUUGACUCCUCUUUAAAUGUGAAGUUUUGCCUUGUGCUUUUUGGAGGAAAUCUUAUUUCUUAUCAGUAUUUAAAGAUGCUCUUUGUGUACACUAUCGCAGACAUGAUUUAGGUUUUAUUCUGUGUUGCCAACUAAAGUUCAAUAGUGACAGAUAAUUCGAUUUUUUCAAACUGAUCCUUAAUAAAAAAGACAAAAAUCAACUAUGGCCACGUUUACACAAUAAUGAAUAUCUGAAAACAGUAUGAAGUUUUUAUUUUAAGUUUCUAAAAAAAAUGUUCCAUAUUCAGACAACAUUUUGAACUGUAGUUCACAUGGACCACUAAAAAUGUGGUAGUAUACAUGCAAAGCCAGGAACUGGCAACUCUUUCUUUCACAGAGCAGUGGGGUUUAAACGUACAACAAUGGCUAACAUACGAACGUUUGUCUGGGUAGACAAUGACCCUAAAGAAGAGACGGUUAAGGCUGGUUAGGCACUAGGGCACUCAUUCUCAAAGUCUAGGUCAGGACCCACGGUUGGGUCGUGGAAGAUUUUUCUUUUUUUUUUUUUUGGUCGCCAAAUGAGUUUUAAGAAUUUCUUCAUCAGCAGUACAAAUAAUAGUCAAAUUGGGAGCUCCAGCCUAUCACACACAACCGUAGUAAACCAUAAUAAUAGCCAUAGUAAAGCCCAAAAAAGUCUACCAGCCACUGGAUAGAAGUCAAAGUCAUUGAUGCUUGGUUAAUAAAAAAGAAAGACAUUGUUCAAGACCAGACAGACACUGAAGGCUGGAGGGGUCAAGGAAGCAAAGAAAGUCUAUUUAAAACAGUAAGCCCUAGGUCAGGACUUAUCCAAGCUAAAACCAGCCAUCAGUCCAACCAAUCAUCUGAGGACAGCACAGAAGGCAGACUUGAUAGACAGUAUGGAAAACAAAGUUGUCGGUUUGCGAUGGCUUGUACCUUGUAAAAAAGUGUUGUAAAAAAAAGUUUGGGACACACUGUACUAGAGCUUAUUUUGGCCAUAAAAAAAUUCAGGCUAACCCUACCUGAGUGUUACACCUUCACCAUUAAGACCUAUUUAAAUCCAAAUUUCUAAUGAGUUGGCUUUUAGAAUUACAUUUUAAACUGUUUGCUGCCGUGUUUUACAGCUAUGAAGGUACGCAAUAUCUGGUUGAAGAUGCUUUCCAAGCUUCUCACUCUCAUUGGCUAUUCUUGGUAUUCCCUCUGACUCAAUCAGGGGCUAAUAUAAUUAUAUUAAAACCACAAACUUAAGGAGUAAUUGGACAAAUUAUCAGUUGUGGCAAGCCCUGACUGUGUCCUGUAGUUUGUUGGGAGUGGCAAGUGGGGCCAAAAAUGGGCUUAAAAUUUUCUAGUGUGUAACCAGCCUAAACUUACAGAAAAUCUCAACUAGAAGUAAGCAGUACAAACAGAACUUGGGAGUUCGCCAUUUUUGUAGUCCACCUACUCAUGCAUGGCUAUUGUCUGUAACCAUAAUGAGCAUGUGCGUAUGGUUUCCAUUUUCAGAGGAACUGCAUAUAACCACUUUACCUUUUUAAAAGUGGUACCUAAAUUUAAAUUCUUAGUUUUAAGGCUCCUAUAGCAGCAUUGUUUAAAAAAAACUACAAAAAGCAACCAUUUUCAGCUAGAAUCAUUGUUUUGUAAACGUGGUCCAAGUCAGGCACUUUGUUUCCGCCCCCAAAACGCUCAGAGCCAUUUAGCACUUCAAAUUAGGGUCUUUAUCUUAAAUUUAGGCUCCUCAAAGUCUGACAAUGGAGCACUUAAUUUGGCACUUCAAAAGGAAACAUUUUAUUUGACAAGAAUAAAUAUGCCAUUAAAAUAUCUCUAUGAAAAAAUGUAUCUGAAACACAAAAGGAAGUUCUGGUAUAAGAACUUUCACGACUUAUAUUUGUAUUUCUUUAGGAAUUGAAUAAGCUAAUUGAGAUUUCAUUUGACGUGAAAACAGUGUAUGUGUUUGUCCAAAUGAUUAAGUAACAAUCAUAUAAGAUAGUACCAAGUUUGCCCUAAUCGUGCAUUUGUUUGAACACCCUGCUUUGUGACGUGCAUGCAUGCUCCCUGUAGCUAUAAUCAGUCUAGUUAGUUUGUCUGGCUUCUGUUUGCCUCGUGACUUUUCUCUGGAGCUUUUAAAAUGAUAUUUUUGAAAUUUCUAUGUAUAAACAAGCUGAAUUAUGUCAACCCUCACAGGAGGCUGGCUUUAUGUAAAAGCAGGUUGAAUUUAAUUGAAAUGUGAAGCUUUAUUCGUCAGUCUUUAAAGCCCCAAUCCAAAAUGGCCAAACCUGUUAGCUUAAUCGACCGCUAAGGCUAAUACUAGCUGUGGUUCAAUUUGAGUGCUCUUUCAUCGACCAAUUCUGCCAAGGUUUUUAGUAUCAUCUACCGCACUUUCUAUUAAACAUGUAAACCCUUAUUAAUAGAACAAAAAGGAAAAAUAGAACCAGCUCUCCUGAUGCAAGGCUAAUGAACUGUGAAACAAUAGGGCUCAACAGUGUGGUUCUGAAGAUGAAAAUCCCAUUCAUUUUCUCUAUAGAGGAUUUGAUAUCUGAUGUAUUCAAGCUAGACUACAACUAGCUAGCUACCUGAUUGUGAAACAAUGAUAUAUGCUUCUGUCCAAGAAAAAGGUUGUAAGAUAUCAACCUCGUUUAAAGAAAAACAUGGUUUAUUCGCAAACUCAACUCAUAAUCCUUGAGGGACACAAUAACAUUCUUUGACUGGUGCUGUUUUCGGUUACAGCGUCAACAAAAGUAGACUGUUGAUGACAAAAAAACAUGCAGCCACAGUAUAAAGUGAUAAAUGCUCAAACUAGAUUUAUGGUUUGAAGGCUUUAAAAGCUAUCACUAACAAGGUAUAAAAUGAAACACAGUGGAUUGUGGGAUAUGUAGUUCCUUCCUCCUUGCAAAGACAAAUGUAUACAGUCUUGUACAUUUUUCACAGUUUUCGAAUGCCGUUUUUUGCAAGGAAUGAACUGUUUUAUUGUCACAAGUACUCAAGUAGUUGUUUAGCUUGGUUCAUGCAGUGAAAGUGUUGUAAUUACAAUUUUCUGAAAUGUCUAUGGGGGAUUUGAAUGACAAAUUUCACUACCAGUACCAGCACCGCCAAAAAAGUGGGUGGAUAAUAUUGGGCUCAAAAGGUGGGUUUUUUUUUUUUUUUUGGAGUUUAAUCAAAUAGCAGAAAAACUUGCGUUUUUUUCCUUUUUCAUAAAAGAGAAGAUGAUAAAGAUGUUCUCUGGCUUUAUGCCUCAAGAGGAACUCCUCUGAAAAAACAAAGAUAGCUAAAUUUUUGAUCGAGUCCUGCUCGGGGUAGCCUCGUUAAUGAAGACUCAUCCACAGAAAUCUUCAGUCUGUUACAUUACAAGAAAAAAAAAAUACAGAUAAAAGGUUUCCAAAUUUCUAGCUGUCAUGAUUGGAACAGAAUAACCUGCAUAAAAUUAAAUCUUUUGUAACAGCUUGAGCUACAGCUAACGCCACUUCAGAAUCAGCUUAAAACAAAAACUACACUGUAAAGUAACAGUAAUAAUCAAAUUAUAAAACUAUUUGUGAUGUGAUCAGAUAAUGUAUAAAACAGAAUGUAAAAACAGUUUCCACAUUUGAGCCAAAAUUAGCUAAAUAGUAUUUUGGAUAUGUAUACUAACGGAAGAUGACAGAGACAAGUGUUCGAAUUCUUUCACUACAGUAUACAGACACAUCUUAUUUAAAAUCCUACUCUUUUAUGUUCAAUUUUACUUAUUUAAUGCUUGUAGAUAAUUACCACUGUAUUAUCCACACUUUUAAAUGACUGGGGACAUUAUAGUGUGUUAACUGCUAACUGUUACAUUAUAUAUGAUGUGUCAAGGCAACACUCCCUCAUACUGUGUGGUCAAUAUACAUUUAAAAACCUUUACAUAAAAAGGGUAAAAGAAUUUGAAAAGAAAGUGCUGUAGGGAAUACUCGACUAUUUUUAAAUGACUGACAACCUCUUCUUUCAAUGCAAAACAGGGUCAAAUUGGGGUGUGCACAAGCUAACGUAACAAUUUGUAGCAUUGUGACAACACUCCCUACUCCACUUCUUUUUAGCAGUUUCACAGUCAAGUUGCUUAGCUGAAAUUCAUCAAGAUUAUUUCAAAACAAAAAACGUUCCUAACAAGAUUUUUUGGCCAAAUGAAUCAAGGAUUGGGGUUUUAAAGUACCGAAGAAAUGUUUUAAA